UUCCCGCACGCGCUGGCUCUGGGCCGCGUGUUGCACGAGCUGCACGCGCCGUACGCCGCCGCGCUGAGACACCCCGCACACGCGCGCGUGCUCCUGCCGAGCGCGUGCGAGCGUCGCAACCUGAUGGGUGUGCGAGAUACCGACUCGCCGCUGGCUCCGCCCGCCCCGCCCGGCCCGCCCGCGCCGCAGGAGCGCAUGCAGAACUUCCUGCACACGCUGCAUGAAAAUGUGUGCCAGCUGGUGGGCGCGGCGGCCGCGUCGCUCGGUCGCGAGCUGUACGGCGCGCAGGGCCUGGCGCGGGCCGUGUGCGACGCGCUGCUGGCGGCGCCGCGCCUGCCCGACCACUGGCUGCGCCGCGUGCUGCGCUCGGCGCUGCGCCCGCUGCUGCUGCACUGUCCGCCCGCGACCUACCGCGACGUGGCGCUGCCGCUGCUGCGGCACGCCGCACCGCUCAUGGUUGUGCACUUAUCGCAGCGAUGGGAGUAUGUGACGUCACUUUACGAGUCCGGCAAGCUGGAGGAGGAGAGCGGCAGUGAGUCUCAGGAGGUACUUGAGGACAUGUUGGUGAGGCACCUCACGCGGGAACACCUGGAGGUACUCAAGGUGUCGCUCGUGGAAGGCACAGUGAGCACUGAAUAUAGCAAUGUGGAGAUGGAAGAGGACAUAUGCGGCGGCGGUGGGGGGAGUCGUGCGCCCGACCACGUGUCUGAGUUGGGCGCCAUGGUGCUCGCAGACCCCGUAGCGGGCCCGGCCGUGCUACACACAAUACUCCGCGCGCUGACCUGGAACGACUCGACGUCGUCGCUGCGAGCGUGCGCGCUGGCGAUGCCGGCGCUGCGGUCGGCGCUGGCCAGCGGCGCGGUGGGCGCGGCCGACGCCGACGGCGCGCUGGCGGCGGCGCUGCACGCGCUGCGGCUGCACGGACAGCACGACGCCAACCAGGCCGCGCUGCUGGCGCUGGCGCUGCAGGCGUACGAGGCGCUGCGGCCCGUGUUCCCGGGCGUGAGCUGCGUGCUGGCCGCCAUCCCCGACGUGGACGCGGCCGACCUGCGGCGUCUGGACGACAAACUGGCCGCCGCCAACACACGCCCGGCCAAGCUCGACAAGAGCAAACGAGACCUCUUCAAGAAGAUCACUUCUAAGUUGAUCGGCAGAAACGUCGGGCAGCUUUUUAAGAAAGAAGUAUUUAUAUUAGACUUGCCCACAAUGCACGUGCCCAAAGAUAAACCGCGCAACGCUGUGGAUGCGCCGGAGGGGGCGGGGAUUGACAAUCUGUUCGCGAACGCGCCCACCUAGCGCCUGCGCGCAGUUUGUGUUUCGCGACGCGCAACCAAUUAGGUGGAGCGGUUCGGUCGCAUGUAUUUCGAGCACCCCGAUUGGUCCAUCUCCUUCCGUUUCAGAGCGCGUCAUUAUAACGGCUAAUGCGAACGUGAAAUAUACAUAUUUUUUAAUUGUGAGUACGACUAAUCAUUGCGCCUAGGGUAUUUAACAUUAAUUCAUUACGCGACCUGUGAUAAUAAAUAGCAUUUUGUAUAUGAUGUUUGCUUCAAGCGCUUCAAUUGAUUAAUUAUUAAUAUAAUUCUGUAAUGAAAUUCGCGUUAUUAAAUUGGUGUUUAUAUUGUAUAUUUUUUUUUAAUGAUUAAUUGAUUUUAAUUUUAUGUGUCGGUCGAUAUUGUAGCAGAUUGGAUGUUCCUAUGUGAGGUUGUAAUGAUGACAGUUGCACUUCAGAGUCAGAAUAAUUGAACUCGUUACAAUAGUGAAUAAGUUAUUAAUAGAGAGUCUCAUUUUACUGCAAUAUUGUUUAGGGUCUUCAUGCUGUGUGAACAUUUGCAUUUGUUUUGUUACGUUACGUAUUAUUUUAUUGUCUUAACAUCAAGCAAAAAUGCGUAAUGGAAUAACCUGUUAUCUAUUCGCCAAAUAGAUCACAAAGCCCCAAACAGCACUUUGUACAUAUAUAUACUUUUACUUUGUACAUACACAAACAGAAAUAAGUUGUUGGGAAUCAAGAUUUGUAGGAUGUACGAAGGUUAAAUUUUGUAUUGAUUGUUGAUAUACAAAUUCGCAAGUUUAAUUUUUACUUUGUAUAUUAUUAUUAGAAACAAAUAGUAAAUUGUCUCUUGUAACGUGAGAAAAACAAAGACUGAAAAACGACCUAAUGUACUAAUUCGACGCAGUUCCUCCUGCUUUGUAAUAUUUUUCAAAUUUUGUUAAUUAAAUAAUACUUUGAAAUUUUCUGAAGCUUUUCAGUUAUAUUGAAAUCGUUUGGUGUAUAUUUUUAUAUUAGUUUAGCACCACAUCAUAAAGAUUCAUACAGUACAUAGUAAUAAACCCAAGAUAGGGGUGUCGUUCGGGCAAUUCGUGCGACAUUGUUGUGUGUGUGUGUGAUACUAGUUGUUUGAGUUUAAAUCAGUGAACAAUUGCGGGCGUUACUUUUUUUGUUAGUCUUUGCUGUUAGUUAUCUUAUUGUCUACUGCUUUAUGUGUCUUAGUUAGCCAACUUGCACAGUGAAUAUUUUGUGACAAAGUAAAUAAAGUCCUCGUACAAUUUGUGAGUCCAAUUCCGUCGCUCGAUUGACGAUGGAGAUCAAAACUUUAAUAUUCGUUAUCGCAUGGAGAUGGUAUGGGUAAAAGGAAUUUAAGUCGUGUGGCAUGGAUAUAUAUCUAUAAACAAUGAUAUCGUGAAUUCCGCAAUAGUGCAUAUGCCCAAAAAUUUAAUGUUGUAAUCUACGUUGAGGCAAGGAAAAAAGUAUUUUCAAUAAUAGAUAGAAUAGAUAAAAUAUAUCAACCCGUUCUCUUUUAUGCAUCAUUUUACAGGCUUAAAGCAUUGAUAGUAUUAAACGAGCUGGCUAAUUUUGCAGUAGCAUUUCAUAGAACACAUAAAACCAGCACCAAGCCUAGAUUUUAUAGCACUUUAGAGCCCUAAAGUGCAUAAUAAUCGUAAUAAACUUUGGAUGAUAAUAAUUUACCUGCAUGUUAUAAUGAUAGGGUCAGGUUCGUCUAUUAGCACCACUUUGUUCUCUCAAUCACUCUUUGAACACUAUUUUAGCAAGUUAAAACGGUUCAUUGUAACGUCUGUGAAAGUGAAUAUUCCAAUAUAGGUAAAUAACUUUAACUAAAAAUAAAAAAUGUGAGCCGUCACGGGACGCCUGGCAGAUGUGAAACAUCGACAUUAUUUUGUAAAAGUGAUAUGCAGAAAAGAACAUAUUGUGAUAGGAACUAAAUAUGUCAUAAUGAUAAAAUAAAAUAUUACGAUUUUUUUCCAGAUAACGAUGACUAUUUAUUGAAUAAACAUUUAUUUUCAUUAAAUACAAAAAUUUACGAAUUUAUUUCAAAUCGUGACUACUUAAUUCGUUUAAUCAGUGACUUAGUAGUUAUAUUCGAUGUUGAUGACAAGGCGACGGGACGCCACGGCAUGCGUCGCCACGCCAGAAAUUUACGUGCGGCUAUAGAUGUUUCACAUCAAAAAGCUUUAAAUGACAGAGUUGCCAGUUGUCAGUCAGUUCUGUGGCUAUUAAACAAAAACAACAUGGCGUGUAACAGAAAAUAUAAAAAACAAACGUCAAUAAAGGAUUUUCACGCCAAAAACAACAGGUCUUUACCUAAACAAAGUCUUAUUAUUACUAAAAACCCGAUCAAAAUAUGCGAUUAUGACAUUAACUACUUCUGGACCUGGAUUAAGUUAGAAGGUAGGGUUUGUAUUAGUAUUUUAUUCUAUUGUAAUAAUAAUUGUCCUCCGAUUAUGUGUUCCGGGUGCUGUAUGAAUCUUCACUUAGCGCACAGUAGUCACAUGCUCGUGAAUGUAAAUAUUGUUCGGUGAAAUCGUGUCGCGUUCGCAUCGAGCCCUAUACAAUGUUAGCUAGCCAUAUCGUACUCGUACUGUAAACUGUUCGUAUGUGAAUUAUAUAAUAUUAUUAUUUAAAAAAUAUACUGUUAAGCAGC